AUGGAAUUUGCAAUUAAACACACAUGGGAUGGUUUACCUGUGAGCCAUGAGCCAGUGACCAUUGGGCUGAAGCCAGAUAAAGCAGGGCUGCUGCUGGAAGUUCAUGCUCCCUUCUUCAAUGACCCUCCAGCACCACUUGGAGAGCCAGGGAAACCUUUCAGUGGACUCUGGGACUAUGAAGUUGUAGAAGCAUUUUUCCUGAGUGACAGGACUGAGCAGUAUUUGGAAGUUGAGCUCUGUCCCCAUGGACAACACUUGCUGCUGUUGCUUUCUGGCAGAAGAAAAGUCUGGAAAGAAGAACUUCCUUUAGAAUUUGAGGUGACCAGAAUGAAAACUAAAUGGGAGGGGAAAGCUCAUCUUCCUUGGAAUUAUUUCCCACCAUGCACUAACAAGUUCAAUUCAUUUGCAAUUCAUGGCUCUGGAGAAGAGAGAAAGUAUGAAGCACUUUAUCCUGUGCCUCGACAUGAACUGCAGGAAGGACAGAUACCAGAUUUUCAUCGCCUGGAACUUUUCAAAGCUUUAAACAUGAGAGAGCUAAUAGGAGAAGACUGGAAGCAGCCUGAAUCAGAUAUAUGGAAGUCUUUCACUAAUUAA